AUGUCAAAUCCUGGGCCACCACCAGUCCCCAUUUCUCGUACUGGUACAGUUUUGGGAGCCUGUACGGCUUGUCGCAGACGGAAAUCCAAGUGCAGUGCUGGCCGCCCGAAAUGCACCGAAUGCCUCCGCCGUGGAACCGAAUGCAGUUACGACACGAGCGGCGGCGAGACGCCGGCGCGUGCCCUAAAGCGCAAAUAUGCCGACCUCGAAAAUCAGACAAACGUCUACGAAAACAUCUACAAGAUCCUAGCCACGCGUCCCGAGUCAGAAGUGGCCGCCAUCCUCCGCCGCAUCCGUGCUGGUGAACAACCCGAGGCCAUCCUCCGCCAUGUCCGACACGGCGACCUCCUACUCCAGCUUAGCGUGGUUCCCGAGUUCCGGUACCCCUACGAGUUUCCAUUCAUGGUCAAGUUCCCGGCCCGUCUGCAAACGCCGAGAAAUGUCCACCCCUCGUCUCUCGUCUACGAGUGGGACGGUCAGCAGUCUGUCGAGCAGACCCAAGGCCAGCGCCAACAGCAGGCCAUGGCGGUGGCCGAACCGGCUUUUAGUAUGCAGCCUCACGGUCCCUAUUCGAUGCCAUUUCAUGCAGCAGAAGUCGUUGACCCCCUGGUGGAUGAGGCAGAGCCGUCCAAAUGGACAUCGGUGAGCCCGGACAACAGCCUCAUGCGGAGCCUGUUACGCGCUUACUUCCUGCAUGAGUACAACUGGUACACUUGCUUUCAAAAGGAUUGCUUCCUCGAGGAUAUAAAUACUGGUCGCAGGCGGUUCUGCUCUUCGCUUCUCGUUAACGCCUUGCUUGCCAUGGCUUGCUUCUACCAUGGAGACUUGCCGUAUCGUGCCGAGUUUCGGAAUCCUCACACUCUUGGUUAUCAAUUCCAUGCCGAAGCAAAGAGAUUGUGGGAGUUGGAGCAGAACAAGAAUAAGCUCACUACCAUCCAAGCCGCCAUCCUCCCCAACAUGGUUUACAACUUGAACGGGGCGGACAAACUCGGCCGACUCUACACCCUACAUGCCAUCUCAAUUGCUCGAGAGCUUGGGCUCUUCAAGAGGCCCGACCACUGGGACCUUAUGGACCCAAAGAUGCAGGCUGUUUGGGGGAUGGCUACAUGGGGCCUGUACGGUUGCGAGUGUGAAUACGUUUAUCAUUUCCUUACUUCGGGCACGAUAAAGUCGCCACCGGAGAUGGGGCUUCCAGAUGUCGCCGAGAAUCCUGGGUGGUACGGCGAGGUUCGACUGAGGUACCCUCUACAGCAUACGCUAUAUCCGAUGAAUUUCGGCCGCUUCUUUAAAGCACUCUCAGGGUUUCGGGCCCUCAUCAAAGAGGUUGGAGAGCAAUGCUUCUUGGACAGACAAAGCGUCAAUCGAAUGACCUCCUUGGAGAACAUCACGAAACUCUACACCCGCCUCGAAACCUGGUAUAUCUCCCUUCCCGAGCCACUCUCUCCGCGAAAGAUCGUAUUUCCAGCACAAAUGAAGCUACACAUGCACUAUCAACAUGUGGUCAUGAACGUCUUCCAACCUCUGUUUCGGGUCUUGGAGGCCAUCUUCGGCGAGAGGUCCGCGAGAGAAGUCUUGACUGAUGCUGAAGUCCAUUACGAGACGAUUCUACGGCUAUAUUAUCUCCGCCAUGGGUUUGAGGCAACUGACCCCUUCCUUCUCACUUCACUUAUCGCAUUGUUAUUCCGACUUUACGAUCAGGGCCGUGGCUGGUUUCUUCCACAGAUAGUCUUCCGUCUUGUCCGCGACGGCAUACUACCAGCCGAGGCAAAUUUGCUGAAACAUUUCGCAAACAUUCCGGAGGAGGCGCCGGAUAGCGUGUCCGCAGCGCAUGGCCAGUCAAUAUCGUGGCCGUUAGUAAGGGAAUCCCGGAGCAACAGCAGCUGA